UAAGAACCUGGCAACGGUGGUCAAAAAGCGGGAAAAAAAACUGAGCAGACGACGUGGAAAUUUCAGAUUGAAACUAAAGCAAAAUUUGCUACAUUUUACAACUUUUAAUCUAAACAAUUGAAUUGAAAUGAGUGAAUACCCGCCCUACCUCUGCCCAUUAUGCGAGGAACACCACCACUAUCUGACUGAAAACUGCCACAAUGUAGAAGCUCAGGAGGAACAAGAAGAGGAGAACUCAGACGGGGAGCAAGAUUUUGACUGGGAGGAAGAAGGUCACCAACAAGAUUGGGGAGAAGAACUUUUCGAUGUCAAUUAUCACUAUGGAGAUGAAAUUCAAUGUUCAAGUGAAGAAAAAAACUAAGCAGACGACGUCGAAAUUUCAGAUUGAAAAAAAAAAGCAAAAUUCUGUGUCUCUAAAUCUCUAAAUCUGUCUCUAAAUCAACUAGUCAAUUGAAAUGAGUGACAUAUACGCUCCUUACAUGUGCACUGAAUGUGAUGAGUGGCAUCCCCACCUGACAGAACAAUGUCCGAACGUGCAAACUCAUGAGGGAGAAGAAGAAAUCAAUUCUGAUGGUGAACAGAACUUCGAUUGGGGGGAGGAUGGUGUCCAACAAAACUGGGAUGAAGAAACGGAAGAUUUUGAUCAUUACUAUGGUGAUGAUAUUGUUGUAGAAGAUUUCAGCGAUGAUGGGUUAGGAGACGUUGAAACUUCUUUUUCGACAAUUGAUCUGGACAGUGAAGAGGAUGAGGAUUUGGAUUUUGUUGAAGAGGAGGAAAUAAAAAGGAAACGAAUGAGCGACGGAGAAGGGCCGCAAUUUAAACGGCCAAAACAACUCAAGAUGAAGAGGAGGAAGAAAAUUCCGAUGGUGAGCAGAAUUUUGACUGGGGAGAUGAGAGUCAUCAACAAGAUUUUGGAGACGAAACCUUAGACCUCGAUGCUCGAUCAUCACUAUGGUGAUGAAAUUGCUCAAGAUGCUUUCAGUGAUGAUGACGGGUUGGCAGACCUAGACAUUUCUUUUUCUUCUACAAUUGAUCUCACAAUGGACGAGGAAAUUAAUUUGGUUGAAGGUAAAUUUUAAUUUAAAAUUAUUAUUGUUAAAAACUAAUUUUUAUGUUUGAAUUUAAGAGGAGGACAAGAAGAGAAGAAUGAGUGAUGGUGAUGUCCCGAUGCAAUUUAAACGGCAAAAACUACACUAGUAGCCUACUGCUACAACUGUAGUAGUUUUCUACCAUUCCGUUGAGAAAAGACAUUACCCUAAUCCCCUCAGAAAUUCCAUUGUUUUUGUGUUUUUUCUUUCUCUCUCUUUUUUCACUACUAAAUCAUUUUCUCUCAAUAAACUUGUACUUUCUACCAUUAUUGUUAAAUCAAAUUUUGAGUUUAAAGAAACUUUUGAAAAACAAUUUCUCCCUUGUCUCCUUUUGGUCCAAUCGGCUUUUUUUCUUUGAAGAACUCGCAAUUAGAUGUAUUAUUUUAAUGCCUUGUAUGAAAUUACAAAUGAGUUUCAAAUAGUAAAUAACAUGUAGGCCUAUGCAAUAAAGUGGUUCUAUAUUUUUAGUGUGCUACUUAAACAUUUUUCUCGAGUUUCAGUUCGUUACUCAUUUAAGAUAUUUGAAUUAUACAUAAUAUGAAUUAUCUAUCUAAAUCAAAAAAUUUAUUCAAUUGCAUCACUACAACUGCAGUUGAAAGAGAUAAGACCUAUCACGAUAAUACCCAGUUAGUAUUCAACGACAAAAGUUAUGGUAAUUCACUAAUUCGUUGACAAUUGCCAAAACUACAUUUAGUUUAUCAAAUUAUGUCGUCACCAGCUUUUAUUAGUUCCGCUACAGCUUUAAGCAAUCGAAGCAAUCUCACAGAAAAAAUUCCUUGGAUUUACCCGUGGCAUGCCCAAAUGUUCAGAAUUUUAGUUAGAAAGUUUGACCAUUAUACUCGGAUUAGUCUCCAAUAAAUAAAGAUUUGAACUAUUAGACAGACGCAUAAACACGAUAAAAACAUUUUUAAACAACGGCCUUUUAAUCACACAACAACAUUCUUUUUCUUACUAAGUACAAGAAAUUUAGAGAAUAAGAUUCAAAAUACAGAAGAUGGUGGAUUCUUAAUUGUACAACGGUAUUACAGCGUUGUAGCUGAUUAUGAGUAGAGAGUACAGUUACCAUAUUAUGCUUGUAAACGACGGAAAGAGAAAUGUUUGCCAAACAAGAAAAGGUGAUAAUGUAGUAGUUAUUAACUCCAAACUAAAUUAGAAGUAGACUGCGAUAAACUGGUUAGAAGUAUAUAUUCCCAGAGCAGGAGGAUAGGAAAAGAAGAGAAACAUAAAGACGGGGAGAGAAGACAGAGAGUAAAACAUUUAGUCAGAAAUCAGAAAUCGGAUAAGCCAACAUUCCGAACCCGAAUAACACUCAGAAAUUUGUAAUUUUUUAUUUAACACGUGAUGUAAAAAUUGAUACGAUCCCGGAUGCUAAAUUUAAUGAAGCAAGAACACAACUUCUGAUCUUCAUAACAAAA